AGCGACGAAAGCAGGAGAGGGAGGGGGUGGGGUCGAAUGCGAACCUUGGUGGUGGUGGUGGAGCGGCCUGCGAAGGUACCAUGGCUGCUGUCACAGAGCUUAGUUGCCCGAGGAGCGAUGACAGUAUGUUGGAGCGAAGCUGUAGCCCCAACCUCUCCCAAGAGGUGCUUUGCGAAGUCUUUCGCUCCUUGCACGCCCUGGCUGAAAAGCUGAGCCUCAGAGAUGAUGUGGUGAAAAUGACAAUCGAUUGGAACAAGCUCCAGAGCCUCUCAGCAUUCCAGCCUGCAUUGCUUUUUAGUGCACUUGAGCAACACAUUUUAUAUUUACAGCCUUUUUUAGCAAAACUUCAACCUUUGAUUAAAGAGGAGAAUACAACUGCUAUUGAAGACAUAGGAAAAACAGAAAUGGGGAGCAAGAGUGAAAUAAAUGCCAAAUUUUCCAUCGGCACCCUGCAAGAGGAAGAAAAGCACAAAGAUUGUGAUUUAGGAGAUGUGAAAAAGACACAGAUCCAUUUUGAUCCAGAAGUAGUUCAAAUAAAAGCUGGAAAAGCAGAAAUUGACAGACGAAUAUCUGCGUUUAUUGAAAGAAAGCAAGCUGAAAUCAAUGAAAACAACGUCAGGGAAUUUUGCAAUGUUAUUGAUUGUAAUCAAGAAAAUAGUUGUGCAAGAACUGAUGCCGUUUUUACCCCUUAUCCUGGAUUUAAAAGUCACGUUAAGGUUUCUAGAGUUGUGAAUACAUAUGGACCACAGACUAGAUCAGAAGGAAUUCAAGGAUCCGUUCAUAAACCUAACAACAUACUUCGAGAUUGUGGGAAUCAGGCCGUAGAAGAACGGCUGCAGAAUAUUGAGGCUCACUUGCGAUUACAGACAGGUGGUCCCGUGCCAAGAGACAUUUAUCAGCGAAUUAAAAAACUUGAAGAUAAAAUUCUUGAAUUGGAAGGCCUCUCUCCUGAAUAUUUUCAAUCUGUAAACUUUUCUGGAAAAAGAAGAAAAGUUCAACCACCUCAACAGAACUAUUCAUUGGUUGAACUUGAUGAGAAAAUUAGUGCCCUCAAACAAGCCCUCCUCAGAAAAUCAAGAGAAGCAGACUCCAUGGCAACUCACCACCUUCCAUGAAAAACUCUCAUCCUUGUCAUUUUACUUUUUUUAUAAAUGUGUAUCACUUAUACUGUAAUUAAUUAAACGAUAUCUAUUUGUCAAUGUAGACUUCUCUGUGAAGUCAAGGUUUAUUUUCAUAUGAGUCCAGCUUACUGAAAGUAAUCUUCAGAUAUUCUAGUGCAGCGGUUCUCAACCUGUGGGUCGCGGGCCACAGGAACUAUAUUAAAGGCCAUGGCAUUAGGAAGGUUAGAACAACUGUUCUAGUGAGUUUUGGAAUAACAAAUGCAUUGAAAAUAGCAUUGUUGCAAUUUAUUCCCUUCUGUUUUAAAGAAGGUGUUUGGAAAUUGAAGAAUAGGUCCAUCUUUUUCCUUUUGUGGACCACAGAAAGGAAGAUUUUGUUUUGAUAGUGAUAUUUAAAAGGACUUAAAAAUACUGCUGUUAACUAGCUUAUUGGUUUAAAUCAGUACUUUGCAUAUAAUAGGCAUUCAAUAAAAACUUACUG